UUGAGAGACAUCUAGUAUCUGUGGUGCUCCCAGGAUUCAAAGUGAGCGGAACAAACAUGGUUCCUGGAGCUGGAGACGUUCAGCAGGGAUAAAGAGUCAAUCUAAUAACUCGUGUAUGUUUGUUCUUGGCGAAGGACUGCAAACCUUGGUCCAGAGAGACAGACAGGUGGAAAACAGACAAGGACCCUGAAACAACAACUCGAAUGUAAAUGCUGUAUGAGAAGGGGCUUAUUUUCUUCCAAGGCUAGAGCAUAUGACCUGAGGGCCGAACAGGCAAAAGAUUCCCAAGGGCGGGUGGAUCUGGAGACGUGUCGUUUGGAAAGUCCAUCUGAUUGAUGGAGUGCAAGAGCCGGGGCCCGCUGGAGCUAGACUUACUGGUGCUGGCAAGGAAUCCGCCAGUUCUUGGCAAUGACCACGCCAUUCGUAGACUCUCAGUUUGGAGAAGAUGAGAAAAGCUGGAAAGUGGCCAUGGUACUCUGAUGGCCGCCACAGCUCCUCCCUCCUCAAGGCCAUGGCCCAGCUCCGGGCCCAGCUCCGGACCUGCCUCCCUCGAGCCCUGCCAGCCCCCAGCCGGAGCCCCUCUGCCUGGUGCUGGGUUGGAGGAGCCCUGCUAGGCUCCGUGGUUCUGAGCAAGCGUCCCCGCCUCUGCCUUGUGGCCCUGUGUGAGGCAGAAGAGGCCCUUCCUGCCUACGCCAGGCCCCAUGUCGUGGACUCCUACUUUAACUGGGAGCUCUUCUGGCAGUUUCUGCGCCCCCACCUGCUGGUCCUGGGGGUAGCCAUCGUGCUGGCCUUGGGUGCCGCACUGGUGAAUGUUCAGAUCCCCCUACUCCUGGGCCAGCUGGUAGAGAUCGUGGCCAAGUACACAAGGGACCAUGUGGGGAGCUUCAUGACAGAGUCCCGGAGUCUCGGCACCCACCUGCUUAUCCUCUAUGGCAUCCAGGGACUACUGACCUUCGGGUACCUGGUGCUGCUGUCCCAUGUUGGUGAGCGCAUGGCCGUGGACAUGCGGAGGGCCCUCUUCAGCUCCCUGCUCCGACAGGACAUUGCUUUCUUUGAUGCUAAAAGGACAGGGCAGCUGGUGAGCCGAUUGACAACUGAUGUGCAGGAGUUUAAAUCAUCCUUCAAGCUUGUCAUCUCCCAGGGCCUGCGAAGCUGCACCCAGGUGGCUGGAUGCCUGGUGUCUCUGUCCAUGCUGUCCCCACGCCUCACGCUGCUACUGAUGGUGGCCACACCUGCUCUGAUGGGAGUUGGCACCCUGAUGGGCUCAGGUCUCCGAAAAUUAUCUCGCCAGUGUCAGGAACAGAUCGCCAGGGCAACGGGCGUAGCAGAUGAGGCCCUGGGCAAUGUGCGGACCGUGCGCGCCUUCGCCAUGGAGCAGCGGGAAGAGGAACGCUACGGAGCUGAGCUGGAGGCAUGCCGCUGCAAGGCAGAGGAGUUGGGCAGGGGCAUCGCUCUGUUCCAGGGGCUUUCCAACAUCGCAUUCAACUGCAUGGUCCUGGGCACCCUGUUUAUUGGGGGCUCCCUCGUGGCUGGACAGCAGUUGACAGGGGGAGACCUCAUGUCCUUCCUUGUGGCCUCCCAGACAGUGCAGAGGUCCAUGGCCAACCUCUCCAUCCUGUUUGGUCAGGUAGUGCGGGGACUCAGUGCGGGCACCCGUGUCUUUGAGUACAUGGCCCUGAGCCCCUGUAUCCCAUUGUCUGGGGGCUGCUACAUCCCCAGGGAGCACCUCCGCGGCUCCAUCACAUUCCAAGACGUCUGCUUCAGCUACCCCUGCCGCCCUGGCUUUGAAGUGCUCAAAGAUUUCACUCUGACGCUGCCCCCUGGCAAGAUCGUGGCCCUCGUGGGCCAGUCUGGGGGAGGAAAAACCACCGUGGCUUCCCUGCUGGAGCGCUUCUAUGACCCUACAGCAGGCGUGGUGAUGCUGGACGGGCGGGACCUGCGCACCCUCGACCUCUCGUGGCUCCGGGGCCAGGUUGUCGGCUUCAUCAGUCAGGAGCCAGUCCUAUUUGGAACAACCAUCAUGGAGAACAUCCGUUUUGGAAAGCUGGAAGCUUCUGAUGAGGAGGUGUACGCAGCUGCGCGGGAAGCCAAUGCCCACGAGUUCAUCACCAGCUUCCCCGAGGGCUACAACACCGUUGUCGGUGAGCGGGGCACAACCCUGUCUGGUGGCCAGAAGCAGCGCCUGGCCAUCGCCCGGGCCCUCAUCAAGCAGCCCACAGUGCUGAUCCUGGACGAGGCCACCAGCGCACUGGAUGCAGAGUCUGAGCGGAUUGUGCAGGAGGCCCUGGACCGGGCCAGCGCUGGCCGCACCGUGCUAGUCAUUGCCCACCGGCUCAGCACUGUCCGUGGGGCCGACCACAUCGUUGUCAUGGCCAAUGGUCGUGUCUGGGAGGCCGGAACCCACGAAGAGCUCCUGCAGAAAGGCGGGCUCUAUGCGGAGCUCAUCCGGAGGCAGGCCCUGGAUGCCCCGCUGAUGUCGGCUGCAGCUCCGGAGAAGCCGAAAGGCCCCAGGAACCGCCAGCACAAGCCCUGAGAGUGGGUCAUUGCCACACAUCAGUGUCAGAGCCAGGACUCAGCAGUGGGGGGAGCUCAACAGAGACUGAGCCCCAGGGCCAGCGUGCUGUGGCUUCAGAUGCUGGGGCUACUCCCCGGCCCCUGCUCACAGUGACACAGUAAAGCCUAGGCCGUGGGGCCGGGCUGGUGGGAGGUUGGGAUCACUCCUCUCUCCUACACCCUAAUGCUAUCCAGGCCCCCAGUUCCAGGGAGUUUUUAAAAAAUCAGGGUCUAGAAGUGGGCCUGGAAAUCCAGACCAAUGCUCUUCCCCCACCCUUGCUAGGACCUCACUUCCCUAGGCGGGGCCUGACUCGCACACUCCUGCGUCUCCCUGCUUCUCUGAAUCCUGGGAGAAGGAACCCAGCCCUCGGCCCACCCUCAAGCCCACAGUCCCAUCUUCUAAACAACCUUCCUCCGUUCUCCCUGCCCCAUUAACAGUCCUGAUCCCUAGAUUUCACCUCCUCACUUCUUCCAAGGGGCCAGAUGCCUAACAGGGCCCAGGUGUAGGGUCUGGGUAGGGGGGCUGGGUGCACAGUGGCCCAUUCCCUCAAGAAGGACACAGCCUGCCUGGCUGUCUGCCACUCGCCCUGCCUUGCGCUCCC